GCUUCCUUGAGAACCUUUGGACCCCGGAAGCUCCGAGAAGCAGCAUCUCUUUCGGUGUUCGUUUGGCCGUGGUCUCUCUCAAUCAGGUUUCCUGGAAAAUACGGUCCUUGAGCAAUGGCUGCCACGCAACUGACUGAGGGCACCAUACCAGUGGGUGGACAGACUCUGUUCUACAGGCAGGCCAAGCCAGCUCAGCAGGCCCCUCGUCUCUCUGUCUUGUUGCUGCAUGGCAUCCGUUUUUCAUCAGAGACUUGGCUCAACCUGCAGACUUUGUCUAAACUGGCUGAAGCGGGAUACCGUGCUGUAGCUAUUGACCUGCCAGGUAUGGGUAAUUCCAAAGAUGCUACUGCUCCAGCUCCCGUUGGAGAGCCAGCACCCAGCAGUUUCUUGAAGUCCGUAUUCGAGGCCCUUCUGUUAGACCAGGCUGUGGUCAUCAGCCCAUCUCUCAGUGGGAUGUAUUCACUUCCAUUCCUUUUCCAGCACAGUGAGCUGCUCAAGGCCUACAUCCCAGUGGCACCCAUCUGCACAGAGAAGUUCCCAGCCACACAGUAUGCCGGUGUCAAAACACGGACACUCAUUGUAUACGGGGACCAGGAUGUCCAGUUGGGGGAGGUCAGCCUGAAGAACUUGAAGAACUUACCCAAUCAUGAGGUGAUGCUUAUGAAAGGGGCAGGCCAUGCCUGUUACAUGGACGAGCCAGAAGAGUGGCACCUUGGUCUGCUAAACUUCCUAAAGAGCUUGGAAUGAAGAAUAAAAUGGCUUCUGCGUCCUCUGGCCCAUCAUCGGUCACUACCACAUCUGUCUCUUUGGUGUGUGCUUCCAGAUGCUUGGGACUGCUCUCUCUCUCUCUGUGUAAUUCAGUCAGUGGCCUUUCAGGACUAUGCAAUAAUCCCAGAACUAAGCGGAUUAGCAAAUGCAUGAUGUUACAUCCAAAGUGUGCCUGCUGCCUAAUUUUUGGUUAACUAUAUAGGCUGAGUGAGUGUGGCGUUCUCUGUCUUGGCCAUGAGAUGCAUUAGGUCACAUCUUUUCAUACUGAUAUGUUAGGGUUUGUCCCAUUAUGUCCAUUGGGACCGGGGCUAGUCAUGAAAUCAACCUUUUCCUCAUUCCCAUCUCUCAGCCAUGACUGUGGCAUGCUUCUCUCAUAUGUAUUUUUAUUGUGGCCAAGAUUGAUGUAACAAAGAUGGAACAAUGUAUGUUUCCCCAAAUGAACAGUCUCUCAGAACGAGUCCCCCUUGGCCUUUGCUCUCGAUCCUUGAUAUUGCCUCUCAUCUCUCUUGGUGCCCUUUUCCCUUGACGACAAGAAGUUUCAGUUUUCCUGCAGGGUUCUCUACAUGCAUCUCUGUGUCAGAACGUGUUGCUUCUUGCUGUAGAGCAGCAAAAGUAAACUGAAACUAAGAGCUAACAGUGGCAGACAGGUGUUUUGGUUUGUGAUGAGCAACCAUCAGAAAGCAAAGCCAGUGCUGACUUCAUCCUCACUGGCCUGAGAGAACAUCGUUUUGCGUGACAGAAUCCUUCACAUCUCUUCGCCUGCCCCCCUUCCCAAGUUCUUCAAUGAUGUGUAUAUGUUAAAUGACACGUUCUCCUUCUGCGGCCUGGACUGUCCAAGACUUGUGGUGGCUUACUGUGUGGUGCUCUUGGAUUUCAUGGUUACUGUGAUUGUUGUCUUGAAUGGUGUAAAUUAGACAGUUGAAGGAAUCAUCUAAGAUGUGUAAUGACUGGUUAAUGGGACACAUUUUGAGUACUGUUUGACUGCAGUUGCAAAAAUAGAGAAAAAGCAGAGGAAACUCUCUGUAGUCCUGCCAAGGAAAGGGAAAGGUCAGGGCACUCUAGAGGAGAAGCAUUGCUCAUCCACUUCAAAACAGAAAGGAGAGCGUUCCAUUGCUGUUUCAUACUCAAAUCAUUCUCUCUUGGGUAUAAUCAAAGGGUCCUUUGGGCUAAUAUAGAGAGUGGAGACUUUUAAAAAUAAAGCUGGAGAGAAAGAAAAUGAACAAAAUCAGCUGU